AUGUUUAUUGAUGGGAAAAUUGCUGACCAAUACAAGCUCAUAUCGGAAGAAUUAAUGCUUUUGUUUCAACCCCUAAUGGAUGCCAAAGUUUCCUCACUGCCAGCUGCAGAUGCUAUGGUGCAGGGAAGGAGUUCUUUGUUUGGUCGCAAGGAGCGUCUGGAUAGCGAGUACUGGUUUCUGAGAAAAUUGGAGGAGAUUGCGCCGUCCAGUGGCUUUUCUGAAGUCUCCCAAGAGGCCUUGCAGUCUGCGUGUCUGCCUCGACCAUCCCGAUCAUCGCAAGUCAAGACUUAUGUGGAUCCUGCUGACUACGACGUGCUUCGGGUAUGGACUCGUGGUCUUCACCCCGCAUGUAUGUAUCCACUAGACCGCUCUUCAAAGCGGCGUCCCGUGGAAGCGAUGACUACCUCUGCAGUAUCGGGUCAAGGUCAGGACAACUACAUCCUCUCCCUCAAGCGAUGGAGCGAGCGCAUAAUCAACUUAGUGGGACCCAAGGCAAUGUCACUCGUGCCAUCGGACCAUUUGUGCUUCAACCAAGUUCUCAUCGCCUACCGCCUCAAGGGUGACAGUGCUCUAUGCCUCCGCAUGCUCAAGCAUGUUCCAGUUUCACCUACUGCAAUUGGCAACGCCUUCGCCGAGGGUGUGAUCGACGUACUACCAACGCACCGCUUUGUGGGUCUUUCACAGGGUGCGCGAGGUCUUGUGGUGGCGACAGGUGUGGUUGCAGCAGUGGGGCUCGGUAUCCUCACUCCUCUCGCAUUUCUUCUCACCGGUAUUGGCUCUGCUACCUCUGAGGCUAUCCUAGCCUGGUGCCUCUGCGCUGCAACCACCGCUGGUGGGAUUACUUCCCUUGUUGCUCUACGAUACUGGAAGGCUCGUGCUGAGUGGAGUGAGCGUUUGCGCAAACUCUCACUUGUCUGCGAGUCCAACUCGGGUGGAUUUGCGCUAGCACACUUCCUUGGUCUUGGUCAAGCCGAACUCUUCAAGUCAGCCCUUCUGGUCUAUGCACUGCUUCUACAACCCUCGGAAUGCAAAACACCACUGAAACGAAGUCAACUUGAAGUCCGCAUCGAAUCUUGGGUGGCUAGCCGCCUUUCACCACACGGUCACAUUAGUUUGCCUGCCUCGACAGAGGCACGCCCCUCUUUCCUUCAUCGAUUCCGUUUUGGUGGCAAAAGUAGCAACUCUACUGAAGAUGCCUUUACCGGUGGCUCAGGGCCCUCCUUCGACCUCCAAUUCGAUGCAAGCCUUGCGCUGAUAUUGCUCCGACGCUUAGAUCUUGUGAGGGGGAGCGACGAGGAAGGACUGGAGGUGAUGACGAUGAGACCCCUCAGCGUCAGUGACAGUGGGAGGAGAAAACGCCUUUCUGCUUUUCUUAGUCCCGAGUGCCAAGAAGAUGAUCUAGGCCUCCCCAGAAUCCUUAUUCACCAAUGA